CCCCUGCUGCUGCGGGAAUGCUGGGUUGUUUACAUUACUGGCUCGCAGGUCAGGAGCUGAUGAGAGGGGCCUACUAGUCCUAGUGCAGAGACACACGUCCACACAUCUACACUGAUCUCUACCAGCUCAACAGCAACUCUCUCUUUCAAGAGGAAACGUUUCAGCGCUCAGGCAACGAGGCCAAACACUUUUAGGAGCGACCUUGGAGAGAGAGAAAAGGGAAAACAAAGACAAGCGCCAUAACUCCCCAUCAGGAGGAAGGAUCAGCGAGGAGAAGGAGGAAUAGCUGAGCAACAAGAGGCAACACUUCCUGAGGUGUAAAGGAUCAAGCUCCUAACACCAUGGAUAUGGACACGCAGCCACAAGGAAAGCCAGCAUCCGUGCAAGUCUUUCAACCCCAGAAACCAUUGCAACCAGACAUGGGCCAUAACUCGCUGGCAAACUUCCAGAUUGAGAAGAAGAUUGGACGUGGGCAGUUCAGUGAGGUGUACCGGGCUAGGUACCUGUUAGAAAACACGUCAGUGGCCUUGAAGAAAGUCCAGAUAUUCGACUUGAUGGAUGCCAAAGCUCGGCAAGAUUGCAUCAAAGAGAUAGAUCUCCUUAAGCAAUUGAACCACCCCAACGUGAUAAAGUACCACGCGUCUUUUAUUGAGGACAAUGAGCUGAACAUAGUCCUGGAGCUAGCAGACGCGGGGGACCUCUCACGUAUGAUCAAGCACUUUAAGAAGCAGAGGAGGCUCAUCCCAGAAAGAACAGUGUGGAAGUACUUUGUCCAGCUCUGCAGUGCACUCGAACACAUGCACUCCCGGAGAGUCAUGCACAGAGAUAUCAAGCCAGCCAAUGUAUUCAUCACAGCUACAGGAGUAGUGAAACUAGGAGACUUGGGACUUGGACGAUUCUUCAGCUCCAAAACAACGGCCGCUCACUCACUAGUGGGUACUCCUUACUACAUGUCACCGGAGAGGAUACAUGAAAACGGAUACAACUUCAAAUCUGACAUCUGGUCGCUAGGAUGCCUGCUCUACGAGAUGGCAGCCCUGCAGAGUCCGUUCUACGGGGAUAAGAUGAACCUUUACUCCCUUUGUAAGAAGAUAGAACAGUGUGACUACCCCCCUCUUCCCUCAGAUCACUACUCAGAGGAGCUGAGGAACUUGGUAGAUAUGUGCAUCAACCCUGACCCGGAGAAGAGGCCGGACAUCGCCUACGUGUACGACAUUGCCAAACACAUGCAGAACAUGACACAGGGCAGCUAAGCCCAGAGUUACACACACACAUAUAGCUCGCAGAACUCCUCCCCACUUCCCUCCCUUGCUUUUCAUGCCGGACUCGUACACAUUUAUCAGCUUUUAUAACUCCAGAGUUUAGCUCCUCGUGAUAAGCAGUACAUGUAACAGAUUUAUUUUCAAGGUGAUGGUACAGUCUAUAACGUGACUGACGUCUAAACCUUUUCUGCCCCUAGGAUAAAGAUUAUAAAGAUUAUACUUUUUUUCAUCAGAUGGACCUCCCAUUCCUUAGACUUCAAUAAUGUUACAGCACUGAAAAUCAGUGUAUUGUAACUCACUGGUGUGUUAUUUGCUAUGGCUUUAAAAUGCAUGUCCUCUACAUGUGUUUUCAUGUAGUGAAAGUAAAGUGUUCUUCAGCAGCUGCCAUGAGCAGAUGCUAUUUAAAAACAGAUCUACUGGAAAAUUGGAAAAAAAGUUUAAAAAAAUUAAAUACAUUUUUAAAAAAUUCAAAGGUAGGGGCUGAUCACACUCAGCUGUGCCGCUAGAAAUGUUUUUCUAUGGUACGCGCGCUCUUCUCUCAAAAUAUUCUCAAUUUUUGAGCAACAGGCAUGGAGUUGCACUGCUCAUCAAUGUCACAUGUGGCCUAGGCAGCCAAUCAAAUCAAGCAAGAGGCGGGUUUUACUACUGUACCACUUCCUUCCUGUUUUGAUGCCGGUACAUUUCCCCGUUAAUCACAUUUGAUCGCCUGGUUGCAAGCACACAGCCAUGCUCCAAAGGCUGUUUUUCCCUUUGCAAAGGCGUUUUUGAUGCAGCCCUGCCUGUAGCGAUGCAUCUCGGUGUGAUCAGCCUCUUAGGUGUUACCUGUCCUCCAUAUAGUAAAUCCAUUUAAAUAUCAGGAAUAUAUAAAAAAUGACCUUAUAGGGUUUGGUGGUCAGCAACAAAUGGCACCAAAAAAGACCAUGAAAACUUUGAGAACAAUAGCAGCAUUGGAGUGAAGACAUUUUCACUCAGUGGCAGCAAAACUGAGAGACGUAACAGAGUGUUUUUGAUGGUUGAAGCGUUGUUGUGUUGCACUUUUUACCCUGGUACUGGAAGGCUGGCAGGGUGAUCAUGUCUAAUGAAUGUAUUAGGAGAGGAAGGAUCAUUUAGAGGAUAGACUAGAGACGUGCCGGGGGGAGAACAUGUGCAAAUGUCUCCACAACACUUUGAAUGUAAGUCAUUCUGACACCUAUGUAUUGUCUUUGAAAAAUUCAGAAUGUCUCUUUUUUCUUGACAGCCUAGAAGGAGCGGUAGAAGCUGUAAGAAAAGCAGUUUUACAUCUGUUGUUUACCUUAGUCACUGACACCAAAAGAUUUCCCUCCUUGGUUCAACUUAAGCAAGUUUUAAAUCACAAUGAAGACAUGGGGAAAAAAAGUCAAAACACAUAGUUCUCCAUCAUGGUCCAGUGGCUGCACCAGAAAGUUAGUCUGUUUUGUGAUAGUUAAUGUUGCUGUGUUAAGUUUGCAGUGUAGUUGUCUUGUUAAGUAACAGAUACGUAGAAGAGAUAGCAGAUCCUUGCCUCGUGUAGCCGUCCAUGUCAUGAGUAAAUCACAGCGUGCCUACCUAACUUAUGUCCUCCGUUGAGAUACCAAAGAGAAAAGUCACACACAUAGAGAGAGAGAGAGAGCAGUUUAUACUGUAUAUAUGUUAUGGUAUCUUUUAUUAAAUGUAUAUCAAAGAGUUGUACUGAAAACAAGCACCAAUGGGACUCAUUUUGUUUUACUGUACAUAGCGAAGAAGUUCCUUUAGAUUUAAUACUGUAGGGUUUUAGUAAUUCAUUUGCAGGAGGGAAACAGUGGUAUAUAUGUGUUUAUCUUUUUUCUUUUUACAGUGAAUAGGUUUACACCAGUGGGUCAAUAUGACCAGCACUGACUACCACUGGUUUACAUAAUGACAAUGAUACCACAUGAAAGGUAAAGAAAGUAAACAAUGAUCGAUAAUGCUUUAUUUCAGUGUCUUAUGAAUUCUCUUUUAACAUUAUCAAAUAGCCUGUUUAGCCCGCUCAUUGAAAUUAUGUACGCCCAUGUUUCUCAUGUUUUGUUUUCAAUUAACAUUCAAUACUAUUAACAUGUGUUAUAUACAGAAUCAAAGCUUAUAGUUGCAAGACAAUGGAAGUUAUUUUGUUUUGUUUUGCAGUAAAAAAAUGUUUUCCCUUUCAGUUAUCUUCAUUUUUUCAUUUUCUUCAACCACAGUGCGGUUUAUUUUCUAUCUCUACGUUCGAGAGCAUCUAUACACCGUUUCAACAGAUUUGCAUUGCUAGGCAAUAGCUUGGAUCCAUGUUUACUUCCUGUCAGCUUAUGUCAUUCACAUGGGCUGCGUCCGAAAUCACAUACUACGCACUACAUGCCCAAUAUGUGUACUAUCCUUCAACAUACUUUUGUGUGAAUGAACAGCAUUAUGUAUCUUUUCGGAUGCAAUGAGCGGUCUUUUACGUCGUCGCUUCCUGAGAGCCUCCCUGCCGGUUGGAGACGUGUAACUGUGGUAACCCGUGGCAACGUCAUGUGACCAAAACAAUGGUUUGUCUGAACUAAUUUGAAAAAUAUAUUACGACUAGCAAAGUGAAAUUUUAUACUUGCAGUUAAAUUGAAGCGCUGUUGAUGUUAGACCGUCAUCGUCUGUUAUGAACGUUGUCGUCACUGCAGCGUUGCAUUGUGGGAUAUUUAUGCCGCCGUAGUGUCCAGUGUUUGCAUACUGUUAAAUUCCACUGGAAAUAUUAUGCAAUUCACAUACUAUUGGUUUCAUACUAAGGUUUUGGACAUACUAAAAAAAAUCUCACAUACUGUUUUAGUGUACUAAAUAGCAUGUUAGUAUGGAAUUUCGGACGCAACCAUUCACAUACGCUGCAACAGGAAAUGAACUGGGACACAUUUGGAAUGUUUACAACUGUGAAAUGGUCUAUAGCACAAGAGCAUUUUAGUAUUUAAAGCACCUUUUAGAUGUUGAGUUUUGAUGCUAUACAGAAGUCCCUGAAUAAAUUGGUAGUAUAAGCAUAAUACGGAUGCUUUUGUAUUGGCUUGACAUUUACCUUGAUGCCCUUUCACAACGCCAAAGCACCAUGGUCAGUUAUAAAAACGCCCCAGAAAAGAUAUAACAUGUAUUGAACCAAAUGCAUAUAUCUUGCUUUUAUUGUCACCUUGUUAGUUAAGAACAUGCAAUAUGUUUUCUUUUUUUUUAUAUCCUCACUAGGAGGUUUAUAAGUCACUUUAAGGAUUAUGGCAAUGUCUUGGUAGUGAGCGUUUUUGUCUUUAUGUAACAUGCUGACCGUGCUCUCCUGCGUCUUUUACGUCGGCUCAGUUUACUUUUCCACAGGCCCUCUGGGUUUUCCAGAAAGUCAAAUAUUGCAAAUAAUAUUUAUUGUUUUGGUAGUUUGGUUGUUUUCUGAACAUUUCAUGUCAAAUUAAAGACCCUCAUCACAAACACCUUGUAUGCUAACUAAAUGCAAUAAAGCUUUCAAAUUUC